AUGCGUGCAGCAUGCUGGACAUGCCGCAAACGCACCAUUCAAUGUGACCGAACCGGCAACCCUUGCUCUAAAUGCGAGAAAGCUGGGCUAGAAUGUUUCGAAACUAGACCGCUACGAUGGGUCAAAGGCGUGGCAAUCCGGGGCAAAAUGCGCGGACAUGCCCUCGAAGAAGAUUACAAAGUCGCCAAUCGAAAACCACAUCCACCACUCAAACUACGAUCAAUCUCGCCCUGCGUCCAGUCUUUGGCGCUCACACGUCCUCUCUCGUUCGCAUUGCAAGACCCUUCCACAAAGGACCUCGAUUGGUCAUCGAGGUUCUAUCUUGAUUAUUAUAACAUACGCAUCGCCAAGUUGUUCAUUCUAUAUGACAGCCCGAGCAAUCCGUUUCGGAGCUUACUCGCGUAUGCAGUAGAUAAUAUAACGUUGAAGAUGAGUAUAAUGGCUGUUUCUGCGCGACAUUUCGCCAACUCGGCGUGGUCAUUCAAUCAGACCGAUGAUACUUCGUCACCUCGAUUUGUCAAUGCCAAUGUGGAUGCACUCCACUUCAAAACGCGAGCUAUCAAGGCAUUAUCAUCAUCCUUGUCCCACCCGGAGUCUUCGCAGAAAGACGCGACUAUGGCAACUAUUCUACUUUUGAUUUUUCUCGAUAUUCUCGAGUCUGGCAUCGACGGAUGGAAGUAUCAUCUUCAUGGGGCAGAAGGCUUUGUCAAGAUAUCUCAAUCGAUGCUAGAGCCUGAUGCCAGUCAACAUAUUACCAGCGAUUCUGGACGGAUAUUAGAGGAAACGAGGCGAUUCGUCGCCCGACAAUUUUCACUUGUAUCAACUAUCGGCGGUGCGCUCUCGAGUUCAAAGUCCACGCUUCAAUCAUGUAUCAAUGUUCAUGAAGGCAAGUAUCAAGAGUCAAUUUUUCGAAGUUUUCUUGGGUGCCCUGCCUUUCUCCUGCAGGCCAUCCGUUAUUUCUCUGAUCAAAGGCAUGCAAUCAAGACUUUGCAGAUGCACGACGACGCCUUGAUUCAGGAGCGUAUACGAGAAACCCAGAGUAUGCUUCAUUUGACGGAAAAUUUUGAUAGUCUGGAGUGGGCGUCCAACUCCGUGCAAUCAAAAGAUCUCCGAGCAGUGGACACUGAGAAGCUGUCCCUGCUAUUGGAAUCAUACAGAAUUGCCACAUUGAUCUAUGGAAACCGAGUCCUUCGUGCUUUGAUGACAUCAACCGGGACAGUGAGAUCUGAUUAUCAUGGAUUAGUGCGGCAAUUACUUGACUUGAUUGACGCUCUCGAAUACGAAGACACUCUGUUCAAGUGCUUACUGUGGCCGACCUUCAUUGCCGGCCUUGAAUGCCAGAACGAGAGUGAGCAACAGCAGGUUAUGCGAUAUCUAAAGACGCUUUGGGACUUGACCUGCUGUUUAAAUAUAAUCAAUGCUUCAACGAUUGUACAAGGCCAUUGGAGGCAAAAGCAUUUUUAUGGCAAUUCAGUGCCCGAUGUAAUAGGACAAGACUGGUUGCUUGUCUAA